GGAUGUUGGGACGUGAUGGAAGAAGUUGUUUCUCCAGCGCCUCGGCGCAUUCAGACAGCUGCUUUCUCCUCUGUCCGAACCGAAACCAUCGAGUCUCUGACUGAACUGGAAGAUUUAGAACGGGUCUAUGCACAGUUAUGCUCCGAAGAGGCAGAGGUACAAAAGGAGUUGGACGCCCUCUCUGGACAACAGGGCACCAUCAAGAACAAGAUGCAGGCCUUACAGAGAAUAGGGCCCAACCUGCAGCUGAUUGAGGGAGAUGCUACACAGUUAUCUGGUAUGAUCAGCUUCACUUGCAGCCUCGCAGAGAAUGUCAGCAGUAAAGUCAGACAGCUGGACCUGACAAAGAAAAGGCUGUACCAGGCGAUUCAGCGGGCAGAUGAUAUUCUUGAUUUGAAGUUCUGCACGGAUGGUGUCCAGACUGCUCUGCGUAACCAGGACUAUGAACAAGCUGCUGCCCACAUUCACCGCUACCUCUCUCUUGACCAAUCUGUAAUUGAGCUGAGCAGACAAGGAGGAGAGAGCACUGAAGUGGAUGCCAGUCUUGCUUUGCUACAGGAGGCAGAGCAGAGUUUAAAAGCUCUGGUUACUAAACGACUAGAAGAGGCAGUUGCUACAGGUGACCUUCCUCAGGUGGAACGCUUCUUUAAAAUCCUCCCCCUACUGGGUCUUCACGAGCAAGGACUUUCACAAUUUGCCCAGUACCUCUGUGGCCAGUUGGCCAGUAAGGCAGAAGAGAAUUUAAUUCUUGCAAUGGGCCCUGAUGUCAGUGAGCGCCGGGCACCCCUGAUCUUUGCUGACACACUCACACUCCUUCUGGAGGGUAUUGCUCGGAUUGUGGAAACCCAUCAGCCCAUAGUUGAAACGUACUAUGGCCCAGGCCGGCUCUACACACUUCUUACACACCUACAGAAAGAGUGUGAUACACAGACUCAGAAAGUGGUGGAUAAAUUCAUGCAGCAAAGAGGCUAUCGCAACAAGUUUCAGAUUGUGCAAAGCACUAUGAUGAGAGGUGUGUCUGCUGAGAAGAUUGAGCCAAGAGAACUGGACCCAGUGUUAUGUGAAGUCACCCUUAUGAACUCCAGAGCUGAAUUGUACUUGCGGUUUUUGAAGCGGCGCAUCACAGCUGAUUUUGACGUGGCAGACUCAGGGUCAAGAGAAUCAGUUAUUCAAGAGCACCAGCAAUGUCUAGAGCGAUUGCUAAAGGAAUGUCAGCUUAGUUGCAUCAUGCAGGAGCUCAUAGGCUACUACAUCCCCAUGGAGGAGUACUAUAUGAGAGAGACUGUAAACAAGGCAGUUGCUAUGGACACAGCCGAGGCAGGUCAGCUGAGCUCCAGCAUGGUGGAUGACGUUUUUUACAUUAUAAAGAAGUGCAUCAGUCGUGCUUUAACAAGUGCCAGCUCUGACUGUGUGUGUGCCAUGAUUAAUCAUGCCACUAGCGUGCUUGAGACAGAUUUUAGUGAAGUUCUGGUGUGUAAGCUGAGAGCUGGGUAUCCAGCCAGCACUUUCCAGGACCUGCAACGUGGCGUUACCAGUGCCGUCAGCUUGAUGCAAACCAGCUUACAACAGGGAAAGAUACAGACACUAGGCAUUGAGAGUCAAGAACAAGCCAAAAGUGCAUACCUGGUCACACUUAAUAACGUGGAAGUCUGCAGCGAGAACAUCAGCACUCUGAAAAAAAACCUGGAGAGUGAUUGUGCCAAGCUUUUUAGUCAGGUGACAGGUUCUGAACAUGCCCAAGCUAAGAUUGACAGCUGUCUGUCUGACUUAGUGAAUACUUCCAGCAAGUUCAAAGAUCUCCUUCAGGAGGGCCUUCAGGAGCUGAAUAACACAGCUAUUAAACCUCAAGUCAAACCCUGGGUUAGCAACUUCCUGUCAGUUUCACACAAUAUUGAAGAGGAGGAGUUCAGUGAGUAUGAAGCCAAUGAUCCAUGGGUUCAGCAGCUCAUUGUGCAACUUGAGCAGCUCAUGGCUGAAUUUAAGGCUGGCCUAUCACCAGUGAUCUAUGAUAUUCUGAGUAGUCUGAUGACCAGCCUUAUUUCUGUGGAGUUGGAGAAGACUGUUUUUAAAUGUACCUUCAGCAGACUUGGGGGGCUGCAGUUUGAUAAGGAGUUACGCUCUUUGGUGGCAUAUUUGUCAUCAGUCACCUCCUGGACCAUCCGGGAUAAGUUUGCAAGGCUAACUCAGAUUGCAACAAUUCUCAAUCUGGAGAGGGUAUCAGAGAUCCUUGAUUACUGGGGACCAAACUCUGGGCCUCUAACUUGGCGUCUGACUCCUGCUGAGGUGCGACAGGUCUUAGCUCUCAGAGUAGACUUUCGCAGUGAGGACAUUAAACGACUACGCCUUUAAUUCAGGACUGGACCUAACCCAUUUAGUUCUUAAACAUAGUCCAUUAUGCAAUGGUAAAUCAAUUUUAUAAAUGAAUCUUGGGGUAUGUACAUUUGUAUACAAAUUCUGCAAAAAUGGUUUCUUGAAUGUGUUGCUGUUUGUAUUAAACAUUC